CCCAUCAGGGAUGUGUGUAAUGCAACAUAGGUCUGCUUUUUCCUUUAAGAAAUGCUUAGGGUCCCAGUGUGAGGUAUGGCAUGAGUGUUGAUAGAGAAUGGGCCUUACUGGUGUGUGUGGGUGGUUUGGUUUUACUAUCAUUGUGGGGAACAGAAGUCCUCACAAGAAUAGUAAAAUAAGGAAAAUUAGGACAAGUGGGAACAUUUUGCCAGUCCCCACAAGGAAAAAUUAUCUUUAAGGCUUAGGGGUUAGGUUGAGGGUUAAGGUUACAAUUAGUGUUAGGUUAGGGGUUAAGGUUUAGGGUUUGAGGUUAGAGAAAAUAGGAUUUUGAAUGGGAAUCAAUUGUUUGGUCCCCACAAGGAUAGUAAAAUAACGUGUGUGUGUGUGUGUGUUCAUUCAUUGGUGUGUUUACAAGAUGUUUAUAAGCGAUAAUUAACACGAAUGUGUUGUAGUCAACAAAGCAUGUGUGUAACUGUAGGCUAUGUGUUUGUGUGUUUGUGCUAUGCUAUGGCUACAGUGGUUACAGUUUGACAGGACAACUAGGGGCAGCUGCCUGCUGGGUGCUGCUGGCAUUCCAGGAGUGACAUCACAGUGAGGGGAAAUCCAGAAGCCUGGGUACAGCCACUCCCUGUCCCACUCCCCACACUGCUUCUUUGACCACUACAGCUGGUGGAUAAGGAUAACUACCAGCCUUACUGAGACCGCUCUUCUCGGACCCCUCUACUCUGCCUCGUACCUCUCUGCCCCUCUCCUUUGAUUAGCAUAUGACCACAACCAUGGCUGACAUCAACAAUGGUUAUGAACAGAGGUUUCAGGCAAACGGACAUCAUAAAGAGAUUGACCUGAUCAACAGAGACCCCAAGCAAGUCAACGAGGAUGUAGUGAAGGUGGACUUUGAGGAUGUGAUCGCUGAGCCUGAUGGGACUCAUAGCCUGGACGGGGUGUGGAAGGCCAGUUACACCACCUUCACUGUGUCCAAGUACUGGUGCUACCGCAUCCUAUCAGCCAUUUUGGGGAUCCCAGUGGCUCUGCUGUGGGGCUUCCUAUUCGCUUGCCUCUCCUUCUGCCACAUCUGGGCCGUUGUGCCAUGCAUUAAAAGCUGUCUGAUCGAGUCCCAGUGUCUGAGCCGUAUCUACUCCCUGGCCAUCCACACCUUCUGUGACCCCCUGUUCGAAGCCCUGGCGAAAAUAUUCUCAAGUGUUCGGGUGGUGCUACGGAAGGAGGUGUAGGGUUCAGAAGCAUGGGAAUGGAACAGGGAGGAAGUGGCUGCUCUCCACCCAUUUUUUAGCAGAUGCUCUCAGCUACAUUAAUUUACAGUUAGUGCAUUCAUCUUAAGAUAGCUAGCUGAGACAACCACAUAUCACAGUCGUAGUACAUUUUUCCUCAAUAAAGAAGUUAUCAGCAAAUUCAGUGCUCGUAGGAAAAUACAACUGUAUGGUUUUUUUUUGGGGGGGGGGGGGCUGAGAUGUCUUAUUUAAUAUGGUCUUUGUAGAGGAAGGGUUUCAGACAUUUUUUCGGAAGAUGGGCAGGGACUUUGCUAUCCUAGCAUCAGGGGAAAGCUGGUUCCACCAUUGGCUGAGCGGGAGCAGACCUCCUGUGGGGUGAGACGAACAGGAGGCCAGAGGUGCCAGAAUGGAGUGCUCUGCAGUAUGCCACGUAGGCUACUUCCCUGGCCUCCUGUCUGACUGCUGAUGCUGGGUCUUGGUCUGAUCCAUCUUUCAAACGGAGUUUGUGAUAGAUAGAGAUCAUUGCGUUCAAUCAGAAGACAAGAAGAAGAGUGCUCACAUCUGGGUGCCAUAGAUGGGGGGUAAUCCAUGGUCUAUACAACAUGGUACACUACAAACAACACUCAUCCAUGCUUGAUUGAUUUGAUACUUAAGUAUAUUCCAUGCUCUAUUCCAUGGUCAUUUUUCACAUGUUGAUGCUACAAUAAAUGACUUGUUUAUUGUUCCA